AUGGGUGACUCUCCCUAUCUCCAUUUUAAACGCAGCGAGUCGUCCGAAGACGUUGUUUCAGGCAUUCACCAGCGUCCACCGCCUUAUUCUCCACAUGGCUCCGACAUCCAAGAUGACCUUAGUGGCGAACAGUCGCCUACAAAUGGGUCUUCACUGAACCUCGCUGAUUCGGGCCUUCCGAAGAAAAAGACCCGCUCCCGAACGAUAUCAAGUCUCACAGCCGAACAACUAGCUCGCAAACGGGCACAUGACCGAGAUGCACAACGUGCCAUUCGUACUCGGACAAAGAAUCAAAUCACAUCAUUAGAGUUCAAGGUCAAGGAACUUGAAAAUGAAAAGGGGGAAUGGGAGUUUAAGACAUCUGAACUCAGGAAAGAACUAGACAAUGCACUGGAUGCGUUGGAUAGUAUUAAAAGGAAUGGAAUACAACCACCGCCCGUGCCGGGUUCCACCACUUCGUCGGGGAUCGUGGCAAGGCCCGGACUGGCGUUGAGUAGUAAAUCGCCGGUUAGCGUUAGGGCUGAAUCUGUUGGACACCCUGGAUAUGUCGAAUCGGAACACGGAAGUGAUAAUAUUGCACUGUCGAGUAACGGGAAGGAUGCACCUGCUGGAGCAAUGAGCCUGGAUUUCGUGUGUCAUGGAGGGUUUAAGCCGAAUGGGUAUCGACAAAUACAAGAUCAGCCAUAUGAGUACACGGCCCGGAAGCGGUCUCUAGCAGAUUUGACAAGUAGCGCAUCCAGUGAUGGUAUGUAUCUCUCUGGUUAUCCGGUCGUGAGGAACUUUCAAGCAGAAAUCCGCCGACGUAUAUCUGGUGCUCAGUCGCUACUUACUAGCUCACCAGUUUCGACUGUCUAUUCUAUCCCUAGCGUGCAGUACCCAGGGACCUACUGCGUCCGCGCAAACGGGCAUUGGGAGGUCAUGCCACGUCAUUUACCGCCUACCUGUAUUCUUGACCGCGUCUACCUCGAGUUUCUAGAAGAGCAGGCGAGAUUACAUCGUGUUAAUGGAACACCGUUGUCUGUUCUUGCAGGGCCGCCACAGCCAGAUAUUACAUUUAUUGUUAGUCCUGGGUCAAGGCCGCCGAGAAAUGGACUGACGCAGGUGAUGGCGGCUAUCGUGGAUACUUUUGGGGAUUUGGUGGAGCUACCGGAGAGGGUUGCUAUUGUUUAUGUGCUGUAUAUUUGGAUGAGGUGGGCUAUCAACCCGACACAAGAGAGUUACGACAACAUGCCGGAGUAUAUUAAGCCCCGCCCUUCACAGUUAUUUACGGCUAGACCCAUCUGGUUCGAUCAUAUGCCAUGGCCAAUGUCCCGUGACGCCAUGGCCAAACACCCCGAAAAAUACAAUAACACCGAAUUCAGCAUCCCUUACACUGGCACAUUAUCCGUAAAUUGGCCAUACGACCCCAUGUCGACGGUUAUGGAGCAAUCAACUAACGAAUACGUUAUCAAUCCGAUGUUCGAAACUCAUAUUAGGAAAAUAGAGAACUGGAGCGUGGGAACUAAGUUUGCCGAGUUGUAUCCUGAUCUAGCGCCGCAUGUUAAGAUUGUGGACCACUCGCCGGGGAAGAAGUUUGAUAUGAGAAUUUUCGAUGUUGGGGUUAACGUCGUUGGAUAG